AUGGCAUAUAAAGAAAUUGAACAUGAUGUUGAAAUUGCCACGAGUAUUAUUCGUGGUUCAGAAUUAGAAGAAUUACGAUUGGUUCUAGAACUUAAUUCUUGGGGAAUUGCUGAACAUUAUUUAAAGGAGUACGGAAGGAAAAAAAGGAUUUGUGGUUAUAGAGUUGAAUUUGAUAGAAAACUCAACAUGAAUUGCUAA